UAUUACAGUCUACAGAUGCCAUGAUGGAGACCUUGGAUGAAGCCUUGAAUUGAUCACAUCUAUACUGAAAGCUUGUGCUUCUCCAUAUUCCUAGAAGAUACUUGGUAAUCUAAGCCAGAAUUCCAAAGCUAUGGAAUGCCGCCUGGCAGGGCUCCUCUUCACCUCCAAGUUUGACUCUGGCAACUUGGCGCGGGUCGAGCGGGUCGGUCCUGAUGAUGAUGAAGAUGGGACAGGGCACCGAGUCGGGGAUGCCAACGCUGCCCCAGACUACGAAUUCAAUCUCUGGACUAAUCCAGACUGCGGAGGAACUGAGUUUGAAAAUGGAAACAGGACCUGGUUUCACUUUGCAGUGAAGGGAUGCCCGAUGAACAAGCUGAUCAGGUUUAACAUCAUGAACAUGAACAAACAAGGGAAGCUGUAUAGCCAAGGGUUAGCGCCGGUCGUCAAGGUCCUACCACAGAAACCCAAGUGGGAACGCAUCAGGGACAGGCCCUCUCAUGAGACCGUGGACGGUCAGUUCAUCCUGUCCUUUACCUAUCGCUUUGAGUACCGCUUCUCUACAGUCUACUUUGCGUUCUGUUACCCGUUCUCCUACACGGAGUACCAGGAGAAGCUCACUGAACUGGACAAUAAAUUUAGCAGCAGGAAAUAUGAUUCAGGCUGCCCAAACAGUGCAAUCUACUAUCACCGUGAGCUGCUAUGUCACUCCUUAGACAAGCUACGAGUUGACCUCAUAACUAUCUCAUCUUGCCAUGGAAUAACCAAUGAGAGAGAACCAAGACUUCAUAGACUCUUCCCUGAUACGUCUGUAGAGAGGGCUCGGAAAUUCAAAGGAAAGCGGGUAUAUUUCUUGAGUAGCCGUGUCCAUCCGGGCGAGACUCCAGCAAGUUUUGUCUUCAAUGGAUUCUUUGAUUUCAUCCUACGCUCGAAGGACGAAAGGGCCAUCCAACUCCGGAAGCAGUUUGUCUUCAAGCUCAUCCCUCUCCUCAACCCCGAUGGUGUGCAGCGAGGCUACUACCGUACCGACCAACGUGGUGUCAACCUCAACCGGGUCUAUCUGAACCCAGACCCUGAUCUCCAUCCGUCUAUCUUCGCUGCCAAGAGCGUUGUUCUGCAUCAUCAUGUGCAUUCCAGAGUGAUGAGGUCAUCGGUUGACCCGACACCGGGUUCGGGGAAUCCCCCUGACAGCGGGGAAGUCCCUGAUAGUCAUGGGGUGGGGUUGAAUGAACGGACACAGGAGCCUGGAAAUGGGGAUUGUGGGACAGAGGUAAGGGCAGAACUUGGCAAAGAUCAGUUCAUCAUCGAGAAGAAAGGCGAAGGGACUAAUGCAAUUCUCGUUGUGCACCGUGGUGGCAAAAACAGAAGUUCACCUCUUCUGUCCAAUAGUGAAGCGAAUAGACAUUUUCCCACUGAAGAGGGAUUAAACUCAUACAUUGAUGCAUCAGAACCAAGUAGUGAUCUUAUGUUCUUGCCAAACAGUACCUCCCUUGCUAACAAAGGGGUUCCGAGGGAUGACGCAUCUGUGUACGACUCCGACGUCGAAAGUGACAUCGGCAUGAAAGCACAAACUCCUCUACCCAGCAAUCAAUCUAAUAACAAUGCACAAAAAGCGAUUCCCUGUGGUGACACUGAUCCCAUAUCGAUCCCAUCGGAAGAAAGUGGUGUGGCAUUCUAUGUGGAUCUCCAUGGCCACGCCUCAAAGAGAGGCUGCUUCAUCUACGGCAACUUCCACGAGGACGAGGACAGGCAGACCGAGAACCUUCUCUUCCCCAAGCUGAUCGCGAUGAACUCCGCGCACUUUGAUUUUGACGGUUGUAACUUCACAGAGAAGAACAUGUACACAAAGGACAGAAGGGAUGGCAUGUCGAAGGAGGGGAGUGGCCGAGUUGGAAUCUACAAAGCAACAGGAAUCAUUCACAGCUACACUUUAGAGUGUAACUACAAUUCUGGGCGAUUUGUGAACUCACUUGCCCCUGCUUCCAAUGACGAUGGAAGGGCCACGCCACCUCCGCUGGCAGGGUACCCACCAAAAUAUGGACCACAGCAUUAUGAAGAGGUUGGCAGAGCAACGGCCAUUGCUGCGCUAGACAUCAAUGAUACAAACCCUUGGUCUCGGUUAGCAGGUACAGAGAAUGGAAGCGUUCACGGUGUAAGGGCAUGGGUUCAACGCUACUUGCGGAGCAUGCGCGGGGCUCCCUCACUGCCAAAGAAAAUGUCGAGGGUUGCUUCCAAAACAUCCAGUCUUGUUGCAACGGUAAUGACUCCUCCAAAGCCUAACACCAGAACGGGUCUCCUCCAGUCUGGCAACACCGGCGGCAACAUUGCAGGCAGCAGCAAUGUGGCAGGCAAUUCCAAUGCACAACCAAAUACAAGCAACAGCCCAAAGAGAAAUAUACAUUCCAAACCACUCGGACCAGUAAGAGAAACAAGAGCAUCGAUGGAAAGAAGAAAACACCUGGCGACCCUUCAAGGGACCGGUCUUUCUACAUCCUCCGCAUCCUCUGCUGCCUCUACAGCCACCACCACAACCAUGGGUGUGGCUUCCACCCUACCGUCAGGGGGCAAAAACUACACCAUCCCCCUCCCCCUGACCCACCACAAACAGACGCCCCCUUCCACCACCCGAUCCCACAGGGCGGGGCCGACGUGGGCGCAGAAGAAGAUCAAGUCCGACUCGGUGCUGGGGAAGAAUGCGGGCGAGUCCGCUGGGCAGAAGGAAUCGAGCAGCCAGCUCUCGCCGCGGACCCUGCUGUCAAAGUCGACCAACAAUUUGGGUGCGUUCACCCGCCACGGAGGCCACCUUGCGUCGAGCACGCUGCCCUCUGUUGUUACAGAACUGUUGAACUCUGUCAUGAUCAAUGCGCUGGAGGGGUCCAAAGAACUCGGCAAGGAGGAGUCAUCUGGGUUCUCAACAGCAUCGGUUGCUCAGCAGAGAACAGCUAUGUAUGUCAAGAACCAUGGGAGCACAAUGCUAUCACCCGCUACAUCUGAUGCUGUACAUACAGUCAAUUUGGAGUUUCCUCCCACGGCACCAUCUGCCCUGUCACCAAAGAGUCACCAGUCUUUGUUCCCGAGGCAUCACAUGACAAUAGACCUUGGGGCAUCAUCAUCACAACCUAUACAACAUCAUGGCAACAUCCAUGUAGAGGGGGAGAAGAGCGACCUCAAGGCUUUAGGGAGUCUUUGCUUGCAUGAAGAAAGUCACCAAGACUCUGCCGACAAGGCUAAAAAGAGAAGGAAGAAGGGGAAUGGACCGAAGCGACGUAGCAUCUCUCACAGUCCUAGCCGUAAGUCCCAGAAGAAUUCCCACCGGGCCCUGACCAAGGGAGGCAAGCACAGUGAGACGUCGGACAGCGACCCAGAGAGAUUGAUGAAUCGUAGACAGGAAAGGACAAGGCAGAGGUCAAUUACCAGUAGCCUGUCAGAUCCCACCCCUAAUGAUUUGCAUCCAAUGUCAGAACAUACUUCUCAUUUUGCAUCUAACGUUGAACGCCAGAGAGCCAACACACCAAAGAGGAGUCUCUCGAUCGGCAGUAUCCGAGAACCUCCCUACAUUAAAUCCAAGGUGAACAACGCAAUCAAGAAAUCAAACUCUUUCAGUUCAGGACGGAGAGAUUCUAAUGUUUCUUACCAAGUGGUUGAACUGAACGAGUUGUUAAACCGGAAGCAGCCUCAGAAAACGCCCAUCCCGGUGAAGAAAAUAGGCUUCUGGGUAGACUUCUAGCUCAGUACUCUUUCUUCAAACAUUUUCAUCAUUUUGUUCCAUGGAUGACUAGCUGGAAAAGUAUCUGACCAAUGGACAAAGCUCUAAUACCCCUGUUGCACUGGAUUUCCUACCUGAGACUAGUCUCAGACUUGUUU